UGAUUUUCCGAACCGAAGAAAUGAAGAAAAAGCAGCCCAGCCACCCCACGACCCCCACCUCUUUUCUCCCUCUAUCCCGAUCCCCUCCGCCCCAUGCGCAACAGCCGCCGGCCACGAGUCCCUGGCAACCGGCCUCCCAGCUCCGGCGAAGUGCCACGGCCCCUGCCUCCCACCUCCCGCUACGCGCCACAGCCCCCGCCUCCCUCCUCCGGCGACGCGCCAUCGCCUCCGCCUCCCACCUUCGGCGACGCGCCACGCCCUGCCUCCCUCCUCCGGUGACGACGCUCCACGGCCCCCACCUCCCACCUCCGGCGGCCCGCCACGGCCCGGGUCUCCCACCUCCGGCGACGCGCCCUGCCCCGCCUCCCACCUCCAGCGGCCCGCCAUGCUCCCCGCUUCCCACCUCCGGCGCCUCCGCCACGGUCCACCUCCUCCCAGCAUGCCUCCCGUCGCCGACCCCCACCCCAACUUGCCUCCUGCCGACGCUAGGUUGCUCGCCGGAGCUAGGUUGCUCGCCAGCCACCUUCCUCCCCUACGCUCUCCCGUCGCCUUCCUCGCGGCGCUCCGUCCACCUUGCUCCCCGCGCUCCGGCCGCCUUCCUCCCCACGCUCCGGACGCUCCCUCCCACGCACGCCGGCCGACCGCAUCCCUGCUUCCAUCAGCUCCACUUCGACGGAGCCGUCAGUCCACCGGAGUCAGUCUCUCCCGGCCCUCCCUCCCUCCCUCCCUCUCUCCCCUCGUGCGGUAGCCUCCAAAUCAUCCAACGUCCAAUCCACUUCCAACAAGAUACCGCCGCCAUCCUCCGCCUGAUCCGACCUCUCUUCCAUCAGCGACAGCGACCACGCAACCCCCGGCUCCUCCAUCGGGCGAGGGAAUGGAGGAGGAGGGCACGAAGAAGGCGGUGCUCUUCAGGCUGUUCGGCGUCGAGGUCCGCGGCGCGGAGGAGGAUGAUGACGCGGAGCCCAUGGAGCUCAAGAAGAGCACCAGCAUGCCCAACCUCGCCUGCGCCUCCACCGACCCGUUUCUCCUGCCCGGCGAGGCCAGCAAUGACAAGGGCUACGCCUCCGACGACGGCGAGCUAGCGCCCACGCCGCAUCUCAAGCGCCGCCGCCGCAAGGCCCAGGAGCGGAUGAAAGUUAACGCGAUUGUCCUCCAUCUGGAUCACACACGGGAUUCUGUGGACCGAGGAGGAGCACAGGAAGUUCCUGGGCAAUGGGGAGUGGAGAGGCAUCUCCAAGAACUUCGUCACCACCAGGACGGCCACGCAGGUGGCCAGCCACGCCCAGAAGUACUUCCUCCGGCAGACCAACCCCGACAAGAAGAAGCGCCAGGCCAGCCUCUUCGACGUCGGCAUCCCCGCUUCCCACAGCUAUGACGAUCAGGUAUAUCAUUCAGAGAUAAGAGGUGAGUGUUUGGUGUUUCACUCCAUCCGGCGGGGAGGCGCCUCGGCCGCUGUCCGAUGGUCUGUUGGAUGCUCGUGAACCCCGCCUCCAUCAGCUCCACUUCACUGGAGCCGUCAGUCCACAGGAGUAGCAAGUUCACCCGAUGUCCGACGCCUUCUUCCAUCUCCAAAUAUCUUGUUUUUUGAGUUCAGUUCUUCGUCACAUGUUUCACUAGCUGAAAUUGCAUGGUGUUAUGAAAUUGCUUGCGGACUACUAGCUGAAAUUGCUUGACAAACAGAGCAAAAGGUUGUAUCUUCAUCUAUUGUUUUUCAGAUAUUCGUCAUAUGCACGAGCACGACUAUAUUUGCUUGUUAUGAUCUAGUGGGCACCAUUAACAUUUUGAUAGUCCUUCUGCAGGGCCCAAACCCACUAUUGUGCAAGAAAAAGAAAGCAAAGCCCCAACCAUCAGCUGCUCAAUCAUCAGGUAAUUAAUCAGCACUAAACAUACAUGUCUAAUCCAAUGUUGCGAAAGGAAGCGUGGAGUUGCCUGACUGAUCUUGAGGUGUAGAACUGAUUGUAACACGGACAAGAGAUAAUGCAAAAAAAAUCUUAGAUAGGGCAGUGAAGUCCAUUGCACAUUCUAAUUUGUUGUAGCUCCUGACAUCAUGGUUUAUGUGUGCUAUAGGAUUGAUUUUUGUUUGGUUGUAAUAGUAGUACUCUAAUUCUGUUCAUGGAGGACACUUGAGUGGGUUGUCUAUUUGAUGAUUUCAGUUACUGCUCAACACCUGAAUUCAUAAACUGUCAAUUUAUUUUGAAGUGAACUAAUGUUGCUCUUGAUUCAGACCUGUGGGGAGAAUACGGAACUAAAAUGAUUCAGUUCAUCAUUGGCACCCCUGUAAACCAAACAGUGAAGAACACACCCCCUGUACUUUUGUGCUUGUUCUUUCUAUCUCCUGAAUUCUAUGCUUUCUGUGAUGAGCAGGCUUGGUACUAUAUAGAUACUGGUGUAGUAGUUCUAAUACAAUAUAUUACAAGAAUUCAUUGACAAAAAAGGUGUCAGUUCAUAUAUGUAUGCAGCAACUGUUCUGAUACUACUUCAGUAACCAAAAAAACAUAAAAGUUCAACUAUACUUGUA